AUGGCGAACCGCGGGCUAUCAGUGCAGGAGUUGCUUGGCCAUUUCAAAGGUCGCCGCGCUGGCAUUAUCAGGGCCCUCACCACCGAUGCUGAACUUUUUUACCAACAAUGCGAUCCAGAGGAAGAGCCCAUGAGUCUGUAUGGGCUUCCAAAUGGGACAUGGGAACUUAGACUCCCCGAGGAGAUGGUUCCCCCUGAUCUUCCUGAGCCAACGUUGGGAGUUAACUUUGGGAAAGCUGAGACAUCGUUGGACCAGUGGCUUCAGACUGUUGCAGCACACAGUGAUUCUUGGUUGAUUGCUGCGGCUUUCAGCAUUGCCUCAAACUUUCGUUUCGGGAAGAAACAGAGGGAGACGCUUUUCAAAAAGAUAAAUGAUCUCCCGACGGUACUAGAAGUUGUUAAACAAUUCUACCAAGAGUCCCCAGCCACCAGCAGAAGCAACAGCCAAGCCACAUCUGGAGAGAGGAUGCAUGCACGGCAAUCCCAAGUCAUAGCGCAGCCUCAAGAAGCGCAGGAGGAUGAAGAAGAUGAUAUACCCUGUGGAUCUUGCGGGCUGAUAUGUGAAGGUGAUGAGUUCUGGAUCUUCUGCGAUGUGUGCAAAAUAUGGUAUCAUGGAGCUUGUGUGGAUAUGACGCCCGAAAUUGCUGGGCUUAUGAAAAAGUACACAUGCCCUAACUGCAGCCGCAAGAGGCCUCGAGUUUGA